ACUAUGCCCAGAACAAAUUUACAACGCAGAUGAAUCCGGGUUAUAUUGGAAGCUCCUUCCGGGAAAAUCAUACGUUUCUAGAAUGGAAAAGCAGGCACCGGGAAACAAAUCUGAAAAACAGCGCAUCACAUUUCUGGCGUGUGCGCAUGCUACUGGGAAACACAAGGUUAAAAUGCCUGUCAUUGGAAAAGCCAAAAAUCCGCGUGCAUUUAGGCAUUUUAGCUGCCCAGUGGAGUACCGAAGCUCAAAAUCAGCCUGGAUGACAUCAACUCUGUUCCAAAAUUGGUUUCACUUUUCGUUUGUACCACAGGUGAAAACUUAUUUAAAAAAUAUAGGACUACCUGAUAAGGCGUUACUUUUGCUUCACAAUGCACCUUCGCAUCCAAACGAGGACACGUUAAGAUCCGAAGAUGGUUUAAUUCGGGUGAUGUUUAUGCCGCCGAAUGUAACUCCUUUGAUUCAACCAAUGGAUCAAAACGCAAUAAGAAUAACGAAGCUACAUUACCGAAAUUCUCUCUUGGCAGCUAUUUUCUCCGAUGAUUGCGAUUUGAUCCAAUCAUUAAAAAAAAUUAGCUUGAGAGAUGCUGUUACAUUUUUGGAUAGAGCUUGGAAUAAAUUGAGUCAGGAGACGUUGGCGAAAUGCUGGACUAAUAUUUUAAACUUUGCAAACCUGAAAGACGAUGACGACGAUGACAUUCCACUUAGUGUCUUGAAAAACCAAAUGGAAGCUGAAGCUAAAAGUAUGGAAAAAGAAGCUGCCGAAAUUCUCGAACACUUAAAUCCUGAGGCUACUUUCACAGAAGAAGAAAUAAGAGACUGGAAUAACGACGACUUGAUUGAAGAGGAUCAUAUUGAAGCUAUAGAAGAAAGCGAUUCCGAAGGUGAAGUUGAAGCUACAGGUGGAAAUGAACAAGAACACAUAAGUUCAUCCGAAGCCGUAACAAUUUUCAACAAAGCUAUAGCAUGGGCAACUGCUGAAAAAAUUAGCCCGAGAAAAGUUAAUGUGCUACAAUCACUGCGCGAAAAGGCUGUAUUGAAUGCGGUAGAAAAUAAGAAACAUCAAACCAAGAUCACUGCUUUUUUUCUAAUAAUUUGUAAGCAACAUUCAUAUUUGCUAACAUUUUUUAUUAAAUUAACUGGCAAUGAACUACAAAACAUGAAACCAGAGAAUCUCUUUGAUUAA